GGUCCGCCGGGACUGUGCUUUGGCGUGUGGCCAUCACUGGGGUGCUGAUGGGAAGCAGGGUGCAGGGCUUCGGUGGAACUGCACGUCCCUGUGCACCCACAUCUGGGCACCGGCGGGGACCAGGCCUGCACGUCCAGUGUUCCUGCCGAGGUUGAGCGACGCAGGGGCGCUUGUUUUUAAUAUGCAGAAGCGAAGAGGAAGAACGGGGAGAGUCAGAAGGCGAAGACGGUGCUGUGACUCCAGAGGAGUGAACGAGAGCCACAGACCUGAGUUUAUAGAGCUGAAGAGAUGGCUGAAAGAUAGGAAGUUUGAAGACACAGGCUUAGUACCUGCCUGUUUUCCAGGAACAGGAAGAGGGCUGAUGAGCAGAACAUUACUACAGGAGGGACAGAUGAUUAUUUCAUUGCCUGAGAGCUGUCUGCUCACCUCGGACACCGUGAUUCGAAGCUCCGUAGGCCCCUACAUCAAGAAGUGGAAGCCUCCUCCAUCUCCCCUGCUGGCCCUGUGCACAUUUUUAGUCUCAGAGAAGCACACAGGUGAUCAGUCCCUCUGGAAGUCUUAUCUGGACAUUUUACCCUCUUCGUACACCUGCCCGGUCUGCUGGGAGCCGGAAGUGGUAGAUCUUCUGCCCGAACCUUUAAGGACAAAGGCGGAGGAACAGAGAGCCCACGUGCAGGACUUGUUUGUCUCCUCCAGAGCCUUCUUCACCUCCCUGCAGCCUCUGUUUGCGGAGUCUGUGGACAACAUUUUCAGCUACAGUGCCUUCCUGUGGGCCUGGUGCACUGUGAACACCAGAGCUGUGUACCUGCGGUCCACGAGGCAGGACAGCCUUUCUGCGGAGCCAGACACAUGCGCGCUUGCUCCUUACCUGGAUCUGCUCAACCACAGCCCGCAUGUCCAGGUAAAAGCAGCAUUCAAUGAGAAAACCGGCUGCUAUGAGAUCAUAACGGCCUCACGCUGUCGGAAGCAUGAGGAAGUGUUUAUCUGCUAUGGCCCCCAUGAUAACCAGCGGCUGCUCCUGGAGUAUGGCUUUGUGUCCGCCUGCAAUCCUCACGCCUGUGUUCCUGUCCCUGGAGAGACGCUGAUUAAGUACCUCCCAGCGGCCGACAAACAGAUGCACAGGAAGAUGUCCAUUCUGAAGGAGCGCGGCUUUACAGAAAAUCUGACAUUUGGAUGGGAUGGACCGUCUUGGAGGCUGCUCACAGCUCUUAAGUUGCUGUGUCUGGAAGCUGAGAAAUUUACGUCCUGGAAAAAGGUGCUUCUUGGCGAAGUGAUCUCAGAUGCAAACGAGAAGACAAGCUUGGGUGUGGCCCGGAAAAUAUGCUCUGACUUCAUCGAGGAGACCCGUGCUGUGCUGCGCAAGGUCUCUGACAUGAAGGAAGGAAACAUGCUGCUGGUAAAUCAACUCGCUUUGGUGGAAGCCUUGUGGGUGGAGGAGCUGAGGAUUCUCCAGGCCUCUGCUGAGAUUGUGAGCAGUUUAUGAUCCCCCUUCCCCGACAUCACGGGGAGCCUGUGAUCCCUCCUGUGGAGGGCGUACUUUCCUCGUUUUUGCUGAGGUUGACUAAAUAGACUCAUAUG